CCCAUAUCAUCAGUCAACUUCUUUUAAGUUUAACAAGAAGAUUAAAAAAACAACACAAAAAAUGUUCAAAUUGUGUUUCGUAGCUGCUCUUCUGGGUAUUGCUGUUACUGUACCUGCUCCAGAACCAAAGCCUGCACCAAAAGCUGAUCCAAAGGCUCAAUUCCUAGCUGCUCCAGUUGUAGCUGCUCCAUCGGUUGCCUAUUCUUCCGCUUAUGUUGAUGCUCCUCUGGCUUACUCCAGUUAUGCGGCUCCUGCUGUGUUUCCUGGUGCUUAUUCUGUGUACCCACAAUAUUCUGCUUCGUAUGUGUACUAUUAACUUCAAAAAGAUGUAAUUUAUUGAUAGAAAUAUAGAAAUUAUGCAAAAAUA